UUCAAAGUUUCAAACCAUUAUAUACCAUUCCAUUAUAAUCCUUUCCAUUCCAUUAAAACUUUUUCACUCCAUUGUAUUCUACACCAAUCAAUUCCAUUCGAAUCCAUCCCAUUGCAAUCCUUAACAUUCCAUUCCAAGUCAUUUCAUUCCAUUUCAUUUUAUUUCGUUCCAUUCCAUUCUAUUCUCAUUACAAUUUAAUUCAAUUCAAACAAUUUCAUUUCAUUCUGUUAUAUUUCAUUCCAUUUUAUUCCAUUAAAACCAUUCCAUUCAUGCCAUUUCAUUCCAGUUCAUACCCAUCCUAUUCCAUUCAAUUCCAACCAUUAAAUUCCAUUCGAUUAUAAUCCUUAACAUUUCAUUCAAACCAUUUCACUCCUUUGUAUUCUAUGCUAUUCCAUUCCCAUUCAUCCCAUUACAGUCCAUUCCAGAACAUUCCAUUCCAAUUCAUUUUAUUCAUUUUCUUUUCAUUUUACCCCUUUCCAUUAUAAUCUAAUCGGUUCCAUAUCAGUACAAUCCAUUCCAUCCCAAGUAACUUCAUUCCAUUUCAUUUUAUCUUAUUUCGUUUCCAUUCCAUUUUAUUCUCUUCCAUUCCAUUCCGAUUCACUUCAUCCAAUUUCAUUCCAUUUCAUUCUAUUCUGUUCUUUCCCAUUUUUCCCCUUUCUAUUCCAUUUUAUUGUAUUCUGUUUCUUUUCAUUCCAUUAUUGUAGUCUAUUCUAUCCCAUACUGUUCACUCUUUCCCCAUUCUAUUCUGUGAUUUCGCCUGUAUUCUACUCUGACCAAAAAAACCUGGUCCGUUUGUCUAGGUACAGGUGAGAACAAACCAAAGUAUGUCAUAUAUGGAACCAGGUCGGGUCAAUCUUACUUUUACACCAAACCUUGAGAAAUCGACAAGGGAGAGGCCUAAAGCUGAAACCUCAUGUUGAAAUGUAGCCAAAUAGAAGAUAUUUAGAUUGCAAUCAGUCCAGGUUGUCAUAAAAUCGUCUUGGCUCGUUAACAAAAAGACCUCUAAGGUCAUUGGUUCAAAUUUGUUGAAUCGUUGACGUGCUGGACUUGCAGUCGUAAACCUACCUGAGCAAAGUCGUAACUCCCACUUUGCUGGUCUGAUACGGAAAUAUUGGUCUUCCUUAAACGAUCACCUGAGGAUUUUAAUUUUUAGUUCGAUAAAUUUGAAUUUGAUAAAAUUGUGUUUUUUUUUCCAAUACAUUAGUUGUGAUGGGAAAAAUCGAAAAAUUAAAGUAAUACAUACAUUCAUAUUGCAAAAGUUAUCGUUAUACAGAUCAUACUGAUGUAGAAUAAUAUAAAGAUAGUUGAAGAGACUUAUAUUACUUCUAUUACUUCUAUAUUUCCUUCAGGGUACCAAAUAGCUGGGUAACCGAAAUACACAUUCAUCUUUAUUUUCUGCAGGAAUGGACAAAAUCAGUUUCUAGUGACACCCAUCAACUAUGUCGGACCAUCUAGGAACUAUGGUUACACCUACCAACCUCAUCAUCAGUGAUCCCUUCCAAGGACCUGACAUCGUCCUCGUCAUCGUCCUGUCGCUACUAGCGCUAUGUGGGGCCUUUGGCAACGCUCUCGUCAUCGUUGCCAUCUACAAGACGCGCGCUCUUCACACCGUCACCAACUAUUUCAUCGUCAGCCUGGCCUGUGCUGACUUGUUUGUAAGUACUUGUAUCAUGCCUUUCGCCGUUGUCACCCAGAGUUUGAACGGACGUUGGUUGUUUGGACAGGUCUUCUGUUCUAUAUGGUCCUCACUGGACAUCCUCUGCUGCACGGCAUCAACGCUUAAUCUAUGCGCAGUCAGCGUAGACCGUUAUAUCGCAAUUACGUCACCGCUGAAAUAUCACGUCUCAAUGACGCGAGGAAGGGCGUUGGCAAUAAUUUGUGUCGUGUGGUUGUUUUCCAUGUUUCUGGCGACCACGCAGCUGAUUUGGAAACAGAUUAUUGGGCAGACGAGCGAGGUGAUGCCUGGAUUUGAGAUCUGUCCAUACGCACUCGAUAAAACGUUCCGAAUGUACGCCGCAUCGUCGUCGUUCUUCAUACCUCUGACCGUCGUCAUCAUUCUUUACGCGCGCAUCUUCCGCGUUGCGUACAAACAAGCUCGUCAGAUCAACGCAACGCACGACCAGCUUCAAACGUCGCAUCCGUCACGUUCCCAAAUGGGCAGGCAAGAGUCAAUCGCAAAUGGCAACAACAACGCACCGUCGAACACAUUAUCAAAUCAGUUGCGCAAAGCGUCAAGGAUGUCCAUGGAGUUUGGAAUCGCAUCGCGGGAAGUUUACCCGCAUCGUCAAUCACGCGAAACGAAAGCCUUCAAAACCGUCGCCGCUGUGCUCGGCGCCUUUAUUAUCUGUUGGAUACCAUUUGCUGUGACGUUUGUAGUGGAAGCUUACUGUUCAAAGUGUAAUCUGCCAGUUAAAAUGAUGGAUACUUUCUUAUGGCUUGGUUACGUCAACAGCGUCGUGAAUCCCAUUAUAUAUGCGUUCUUUAAUCGGACCUUCCGCACAUCAUUCAUUCGAGUAUUGGGUCUGCAAAGUCGCACAAGUUGUUGUGGGCACACGUUUGAUGAAGACGAUUAUAGGUCGACGAUGAUGACCUAGUUUUCAAAACAUCGUCUUAAUCAU